AUGGGUCUGUGGGGGGUGAGCACCCGAACCAGCAAACGACGGGGGGCCGCGAUAUCGAGGCGGCUCUACUUGCCGGCGCUUGGUGGUUCCCCUGGAACCUCGGAGAAGACGGGAGACCUGGUGGGCGCCGCCACGUGCAGCGUCGGCCACCUGUACCAUAUUUUAUUCACGGUCAUGUGUCUGCAGAGCGCAAAGUCCUUGAAGGCGUACGCCAUCGUCAUCGCGGUCAACACGCUCCAGAUGCUGCUCAACUGUCGAGGCAUCCUCCAAAAUGCGGACGAAAUCCGCAGAACCUUUGAAGCACUCCCGGAAUUGCCUGGUCAUGAGGCGGUCACGUCUGCAUUAACCAUCGCGCAGCAGGAGAACGUGUCCAAGCUGCUGCAUCGCAAGCGACUAUCACGCCGACAAGUGUACGAGUCCCAGAGCGACCUCACGCGUCAGCAGGAGCUAUACGUUCGGCAAGUCACGUCGGCGUUGCAUCAGACUGAAAUCGUCCUGCUUCGGUCCUACAUCACCAUCUUCGUGUUGCCGUUCUACGGACUGUACCAGGCACUCAUCUUCUCGCUGCCCAACCGCCGAUUCUUCGUCACUAUGGCGACCACCGCCACGUUCGACGCAGUGGCCAGCAUGAUCUUCCACAUGCUGGUGCUGUGCACUCUGGAGCUUUUGGUCUUGGCCAUGUGCAUGAUCCUCAUCUCCCACCGAUUGGGCUCCUCAGGGCUGCAGCAACUCGCGUUCGUGCUCUGGUCCCAGCGAAUCCUCAUCCAGGGCAAGUCGUUCACGUCAUGUCGAGACCUCGCUCGCUGA